GGCAAGCUCGACUCCCGUUUUCUUACGGUUUGGAACCCAACAACAGGGGCCAGACUUCUCACUAGCUAAGCGCCCUAGUUAGAACACGAGUGCAUGGAUUGGGACGCGGCCGCGUACGUCAAACGUACGUCAGGCGUGUGCACGUACGCCUCCAACAAGUUUGAAAGUGAGGAAGGGGGAAAAAUAUAUAAUUUAAAAACAGAGAGAAGGGCGCUAAAUACAAACACACCCCGAAUAAAAUGUGAAAAAAAAAUACAAAUAUUAAAGCAGCUGCAUUAACAGAGGUUUCUGGCACAUACAAGCAAGGAUGGCUCCUCGUCUACAGCUGGAGAAAGCCGCUUGGCGAUGGGUCGAUACAGUCAAACCAGAGGACGUCACGCAGGAGCAUAUCGAGUUAGCUUACCGGAUUGCUGUACCGGCGUGCAAGAGGGGAACCUGCAGGAGGAACUGCAAAGGGAACCCGAACUGUUUAGUUGGGAUCGGGGAACAUACGUGGUUGGGGGAAAUCGACGAAAAUGCCUUCCACAACAUCGAUGACCCGAACUCUGAGCGAAGGGAUAAGAACACGUUUGUGGGCCUGACGAAUCUGGGUGCCACAUGUUAUGUAAACACUUUCCUCCAGGUGUGGUUCCACAACCUGGAGCUGCGCCGAAUGCUCUACCUGUGUCAGAACUCUAGGGCCGAAGGGCACAAUGCAGAGUCAGACUAUGAGCCGAAGACGAUAUGUGAACACCUGCAGUACCUGUUUGCGUUGCUGCAGAACAGCAACAGAAGGUACAUCGACCCCUCAGGUCUGGUGAAAGCAUUGGGGCUUGACACAGGGCAGCAGCAGGAUGCACAGGAGUUUUCCAAACUCUUUCUUUCUCUUCUGGAAGACACUUUAUCCAAGCAGAAAGACCCAAACCUCCAAAACGUGAUCCAGCAGCAGUUCUGUGGACAGUUUUCUUAUGUUACCGUAUGUAACCAAUGUGGGCGCUCGUCUGCACUACCGUCUCGAUUCUACGAGCUGGAACUCAACAUUCAAGGGCACAAAAACCUGACGGAGUGCAUUACUGAGUUCCUCAAGGAGGAGAAGUUAGAUGGGGACAACCGCUACUUCUGUGAGAGCUGUCAGAGUAAACAAAGCGCCACACGUCGGAUAAAGCUCCACAGCCUUCCACGCACACUCAACCUUCAGCUUAUGCGCUUUGUGUUUGAUAGGCAGUCUGGUCACAAGAAGAAAUUGAACACAUUCAUUAGUUUUCCAGAAGUCCUUGACAUGGCCCCAUUUUUGGAAGCAAAAGAGGAGAAGUGUACAUACGAGCUGAGUGCAGUACUGAUCCAUCGUGGCGUGAGCGCCUACUCUGGCCACUACAUCGCUCACGUACGGGACGCCCGCACCAACGACUGGUACAAGUUCAAUGAUGAAGAGAUUGAGAAGAUGGAGGGCAAAAAGCUACAGUUGGGCAUAGAAGAGGAUUUAGCUGAAACUGUCAAGUCUCAAGCUCGGAAACCGAAAUCCAGCAAAGGCUAUCACUGCUCCAGAAAUGCUUAUAUGUUAGUGUAUAAACGUCAGACAGAGGAGGAGGACCAAACUCAGAUGAACGUGGAAAUGCCAGCCUUCCUUCAGAGGCUGGUGGACCAGGACAAUAAGAAGUUUGAAGAGUGGUGCAGCGAGAUGGCCGACAUGAGGAAACAGAGCGUGGAUAAGGGCAAAGCCAAACACGUGGAGGUCAAGGAGCUCUAUGAGCUGUUACCUGCACAAGAGGGUGAGCCUUACGAAUUUGUGCCUGUGGAGUGGCUAAAGAAAUGGCUGGAUGACUCUACGGCCAUCAAGGCCAUCGACAACAGCCAGUUUUUGUGCUCGCAUGGCAAGUUGCAUCCGGACCGCAUCGGCGAAGCCAAACGCAUAUCUCACAAAGCUGCCGAGAUCCUCUUCAGCCGCUACGGUGGAGGACCCAGAAUAGACCGGUCAUUUCUGUGUGGAGACUGUGUUACCCGACGAUGCCAAGUACUCAGGCUUAAAAAUCAGCUCAAUGAAGACUACAGAGAAGUGACUAACCUCGCCAAAGCACAGCUGAAAAGUGGUGACGAAGGGUUUUGGGUCGGGAAGGCGUCUUUAAGGCAGUGGAGGCAACUGGCACUUGAACAACUGGAGGAAGAGGAGGAGGAGACCAAACACACCAACUGUAAAACCAACGGGGAAAAACCCACCAGCGCAACUACAAAAGAUGGCUUAAAAGAGAACGACGGAGAUGUCGAUGAAAUGAAGACUUUUAAUGAAGACAUUCUCUGCUGUCAUGGUGGUCUCAGCAUUCAGGAGAGUGAGAGGCGGCUGGUCUCAGCUGAAGUGUGGAGCAAGUUAAAGGUGUAUUUCCCCAAUGCUCCAGAGUUUACCCAGCAACAGGAGGCCUGCCAGCAGUGCAUGAGGCUGGAGAGAGAAGGAAAAGAGAAUGAGGCUCUGAAUCGAAUGAUGGCCAGUGAGCAGAAGACCUCGCUCCUCAACCUUUUCCAUGAGAAGAAUCGCCCAUCACUGCAGAAAUGGCCACAGGACACUGAUAUUCUGUACAUUGUUCCUUUGUUCUUUGUUGAUGAGUGGAGGAAAUUUAUUAGGAGGCCAGCAAAGUCCAACCCAGUGUCCAGUGUGGGGAACAGCAUCCUGCUGUGCCCUCAUGGAGGCUUCAUGUUUACCUACGACUCCAUGCUUCAGGGAGACGCCCAGCAUAUAGCUCUGCUCUGGCCGGCCGAAUGGGAGGUGGUCUGCAGGCUCUUCCUGGUGGACCAGCCAAUCUCCAUAUGCAGGAUUCAUGACGCAACGCAAGACAACGGAAAUGUGCUAUACCACACACAACCUGAGCUGUGUCGAGAAUGCCGGGAGGGCUUCAUAUUCCAGCAGCAGAGGGAUUUGCGGGAGUACGCACAGGCUACUGUUUAUGUGCGGAAGGUCAUUGACAACAAGAGGAUGAUUAAAGAAGCUGCUCCCGAGUUCAGUAUGAGCGGCUCUGAGGCAGAGGAUGAGAAAGAAGAGCCCAAAGUGGAAGGAGAGAAAGACCCAGACUUCAACCAGUCUGAGGAUGGGGCCAAGAGGCAGAAGAUGAGUGAGGGAAGUUCCACUGUGGCUCUCUCCUCUGGCCCUGCAGCCACCACUGCUGCUGUGGGGAAAUCAGGCAUCCGCAGGAGUAUGCGCCACAGGAAGCUGCGCGGGGAGAAAGCCCUCAUUGUCUCCGCCAACCAGACUCUGAAGGAACUCAAGAUCCAGAUCAUGCAUGCCUUCUCUGUCGCACCGUUCGACCAAAACCUGUCUAUAGAUGGCCGGUGUUUAACUGACGAUUCUGCCACACUAGGCAGCCUAGGAGUCUUUCCAGAAAGCAUCAUAUGUCUAAAGGCUGAUGAGCCUAUAGCAGAUUAUGCAGCUAUGGAUGAUGCAUACCAAGUCUGUUUGCCUGAAGAAGGAUUUAAAGGUACCGGGCUACUAGGACACUGAUCGAAGUUGGUGAUGGGGAUCCACACUAACAACAUCUAUGUGAAGACAAAAAAGCUUGAAUUAGGCUGAGGUGUUCAUUGAAGGGGUGAAGUUAGGUUUUGUUUUUUGUGUCCUGUUAUUUUUUGCUUUGUAACUUAAUGUUGCAACUCCUUUAAAGAGUGUCUGUCUUUGCUUUGGGGGAAAAAAGUGUGAUGGCUUUUAAUAUUACAAGAUGUUGAUGCAUUCUGUUAGUGCAUACCAUGACUGUAAACAGAUACGGGUCGAGACUUGAACUGAUCUUUUACAUAACGGGAGUCUCUCUUGUCGGUGGCAAUGUCAUGUUAUCCCGAGACGGUGGUCCGGUGUUUGGGUGCCCAUCGUGUUUUAUUUGCUGGACGAAACAUUUCUGUAAAAGUUAUCAGAGAAUAUUUCAUUUUCCACAGAGUCACAUGGUUACACUGCACUCUCGCUCAGAUAUACAUAAGAAUGCAUGAGCAACUUCAAUAUUAAAAAUAUAAGCGUCUGUUUAGCUAUGAUGACAACCCUCACCAAAAAAUUAACUUUAGCGAAAGUGAUGUCUAGAGAGACAAUGAUGAACAUAAAGACACAUUUCCAAACCGGGAAAAAUAAAUAAACCUUGCAAAAAUAGUUUAGACAUGUUCUGCUACUACUUGAAAUGUUAUGCAGGCAUUUGUGUGAACUAUUCUUUUCUGUAAGUCUUUCAUAUGGGCAAUAAAGUUACUUUUUUCA